GCGAAGUUGACGGCACUUGCACCUGGCAGAAGUAGACACUGAGGAUACCGUCUGUUGUUGACACAGGGAGAAAGGAUAAGCCGCAGAAGUGACACUGUCAGUCGUGCAGAUUGCCUGAUGAUCGCAAGCCUGUCGGAGGUUUUCUAAUGCCAAUCUUUGAAGCUUAAUGAAAACUCUGCGAUGUUGUACCGACACGGGGUGAUCUGUCAUCGCGAUGGUCGCGGAGCUGUCGGAUGAAGUCUGGAUAAUCAGCGCAUCCUUCGAUAUGUUCCGUAGCCCUGCAUAUAUUAUACGGUGUAUAAAUUUUCCAGUCGACACAUGUUGCAGAGAUCUGUCGAUCGUAGCGAUUCGUCGAGCGCAAAGGUACCAAGAGGUUCUAAUUCCUGGACCCGUGAACUAAUGCUGCUCCAAACUCCACCCGCGCCAUGGCUGAGUUGGCUGGCGUCAACUUUAACUACCACUUUUCUACAAGUACUACUGGGAUCCCGCCUUGAUUUGGAUUCCGUGGCUUUCUGACGCCAGAGCGACCCGGUCAGCACGAUUGAGUUCUUCCAUCCCCCAAUUGAGCGCGACACGGCGACGAAAUGCAGGCGCUGCAGGCGUGGGAUCCUAUAAAAAGGAUCAAAAUGCGACUGAGCGACCGACAGCUCAAGAAAAAGCAAAGCGAAACCUCGCCAACGACUGUGCAGACGCCACCUUCCUCAGGCAUAAUCGUUCCUCUGUACAUUUAUCCACUGUCGCCAACAACCUGGGAUCCACUCUAUGACUCCAUCACCGCUAAUCCCGACGUGCAUUUUCUGGUGAUUGUCAAUCCCAACAGUGGACCGGGAGCCCCCCCAUUGCCUGAUGCCAACUACGUGCGUGAAAUCGCCCGACUGAAUGGUUAUGCGAACGUGGUCACCGUAGGUUACAUCGCCAUAAACUACUGCAAGAAGCCCCUCUCCGAAGCCUUGGAAGAGGUCCAGACGUAUGCCACCUGGGCUGAGGAUUACGUGAGAACUGGUCUGGGCGUGGGAGGCAUCUUUCUCGACGAGACCCCGAACCUCUCCUCGCCUGAAGCGGUCGAGUACCUGGCCGUCCUCCAGGACCGUAUCAAACGCACGCCGGGGCUUUUAGGCCAUCGAUUGGUCAUCCAGAACCCAGGAACACCGCCCGAUGCGCCCCUGGCUAAUAUAGGGCCCGAUCUGAUCCUGACUUGUGAGGAACCUUAUUCUCGCUAUCGGUCGAAUGAAGUCCAGCAUCGCCUUCGCCUACUCCAUUACGAUCGCGCGCGAUGUGGAUUUAUGAUACACUCGGUACCAGUGGACGACCUGCGCCCAUUGGUGCACGAACUACGUCACCGCGCGGCGUACCUUUUUGUGACCGAGUUUUUCGGUGAGUUCUACGAGCGCUUUGGACCGAAUAGCUGGACUGCUAUGGUGGAGGCUUCCCAGUCGCAACCUUGAGGUGGUUCAUCUUUUGGCUGUGUGGUUUUGUGUGUGGAGCAGCUGGCUGUGGCUGGAGCGGUUCCGCCAGGUCAGAAUUUUCUUUUCACCACCCUUCGUUACCCUAUCUUGUUUCUCCAUAUAGCAACACCGCCAAGUGUUUCAUGUCUCUUCUCCUUGCAAAAGGUUUCCCCGGAACAACGGAGUAGGUUCCAGACAAAUGGGUUUUCCUAUUGCUUUCUGCCUAGUGUGUACUAUUGUAUUGUUUGGUGCGGACAGCAUAGAGGGGUUCCUUAGCGAACGGGACCAUCAAGAACAUAGAAUGUAUUCUUUACACUAGAGAAAUAACCAUACUACUUAGUACUUAUCCACCCUC